AUGGAUGAUUUCGAGCCAAAUUUGUACCGAGCCUUGAAAAUCACAUUCCAUCAGUUCAGAAAUUAGAGAGAGAAAAAAAUACCACACUUGUCCCUCUCCCUCUUCUCUUUCCCCGUCCGACGCCACUCCCAGCGCGCACUGGACGCGCCCACGACCGGCGCCGAGCGCGGCCGGCGCCCCUCUACAUGCUGACCUCGCCGCGAUCUCUCAUUGUCCGGAGGCGCCAUCUCCCUUCCAACUCUCCCGGCCAAUCCAAUGGAGCGCGGCGGAGGAUGCUCGCCGACCUCCUCCGGGCGAGCGCGAGGGGCCCGGACCUCCGCGGCGGCGCGCAGCUCCACGGCUCGCUCACCAAGCUCGGCUUCGGGUCGGACACCAUGCUGGGCAACAACCUCAUCGACAUGUACGCCAAGUGCGGGAAACUCGACACGGCCGGCCAGGUGUUCGGCGGAAUGCCCGAGAGGAACGUGGUGUCGUGGACGGCCCUCAUGGUGGGCUUCCUGCAGCAGGGGCGCGCCGGGGAGUGCCUCCGGCUGUUCGGGGCGAUGCGGCGGCUCUCGGAGGUCCCGCCGAACGAGUUCACGCUCUCGGCCACCCUCAAGGCGUGCGGCGUCGUCGGCAACACGGGCGCGGCCGUCCGGGUCCACGGGGCCUGCGUCAGGAUGGGGUUCGAGGGGCACGGCGUCGUCGCCAACUCGCUGGUGCUCGUGUACUCCAAGGGCGGGAGGAUCGGCGAUGCGCGGCAGGUGUUUGAUGGCGCUGCUGCGUUCAGGGACCUCGUCACCUGGAACGCCAUGAUCUCUGGCUACGCGCAUGCCGGGCGUGGCAGGGACUCGCUGCUCGUCUUCCGGGAGAUGCAGCGGCGAGGAGACGAGGCUUGUCAGCCCGACGAGUUCACCUUCGCCAGCUUGCUGAAAGCCUGCAGCGGGCUAGGGGCGGCUCGAGAGGGCACGCAGGUUCACGCGGCCAUGGUGACCAGAGGGGUCUCCACGGCAUCCAAUGCAAUCCUCGCUGGCGCGCUGCUCGAUGUGUACGUCAAAUGCCGGUGCCUGCCGGUGGCGAUGCAGGUGUUCGAUCGGUUGGAAAGGAAGAAUGCCAUCCAGUGGACAACGGUGAUCAUCGGGCAUGCACAAGAAGGGCAGGUGAAGGAAGCAUUGGAUCUGUUCCGGCGGUUCUGGAGCUCCGGCGUCCGUGCUGAUGGGCAUGUCCUCUCCAGCGUCGUCGGUGUGUUUGCAGACUUCGCCCUCGUGGAGCAAGGGAGGCAGAUGCACUGCUACACGGUGAAGAAUCCAGCAGGGAUGGACGUGUCAGUAUCCAACUCCAUCGUGGACAUGUACCACAAGUGCGGGCUGACUGACGAGGCAGAGCGGCGGUUCUGGGAGACGCCGAGGAGGAACGUCGUGUCAUGGACAGCAAUGAUCAACGGCCUCGGGAAGCAUGGCCAUGGUCAAGAGGCCAUUGACAUGUUCGAGAAAAUGCGAACGGAAGGCGUCGAGCCUGACGAGGUGAGCUACCUGGCCCUCCUGUCGGCGUGCAGCCACUCUGGCCUUGUUGAGGAGUGUCGCCGGUAUUUCUCGAUGAUCCGCCAAGAAAAACGGCUGAGGCCGAGGGCUGAGCACUAUGCGUGCAUGGUAGACCUCCUCGGCCGCGCUGGGGAGCUCAUGGAGGCCAGGGACCUUGUUGCGACGAUGCCGAUGGAGCCCACCGUCGGCGUGUGGCAGACUCUGCUCAGCGCCUGCAGGGUGCACAAGGACGUCACCACAGCCAGGGAGGCGGGCGAGGCCCUCCUGGGCAUGGACGGCGACAACCCGGCUAACUACGUGAUGCUGUCGAACAUCUUCGCCGAGGCUGGCGAGUGGCGGGAGCACCAGCAGGUGCGCGACGCCAUGCGGCGCCGGGGCCUGCGGAAGCAGGGUGGGUGCAGCUGGGUGGAGGUCGGCAAGGAGGCACACUUCUUCUACGGUGGCGGCGACACCACCCACCCACGCGCCACCGACAUCCGCCGCGUGCUCCGCGACGUGGAGAGCCGGAUGAGGGAGCAGCUCGGGUACAGUGCUGGGUCGUCGGCGCAUGCGGUGGCGCUGCACGACGUGGACGAGGAGUCGCGCGCCGAGGGCCUGCGGGCGCACAGCGAGCGGCUGGCUGUGGGGCUGUGGCUGCUGCACCAUGGUGAGCACCACCAUGGCGAUGGGGAGGAAGAGGAGGGAAGGAGGGAGGUGAUCAGGGUGUACAAGAACCUGCGGGUGUGUGGCGACUGCCACGAGUUCUUCAAGGGGUUGUCGCGGGUGGUGGGGAGGGCGAUGGUUGUAAGAGACGCCAACCGGUUCCACAGGUUCCAGGACGGCGCCUGCUCCUGCAAAGACUACUGGUGACUUGUGACUUGGCUAACUAAACUCACACUGAAACAGGCACCUCAUAGGCUGGCUCGACAAAGAAGGCAUACGCCACCACCGAAAUGCUAAGCAACAUGGAUAUGCAUUGGGGUGUCAUCAAGAUAUCCGCUCUGCCCGGAGUUGUGCAGGCAACAGGCAACAUACAUACAAUCUGUUGUGAUGAUGGCCCUUUUGGGAAGAGGGUUUGGGGACUGCCGUAUGCCCAAGUGAAGUUGAGCAUUUGAUUUGGGCGCUGAUUUGGUCACAGUAUCCUGGAGGCAGCUCGAUCUCGUGUGAAGAUAAGGAGGCAACUUUAGCAUCUAUAUAUGGAUUAGCCAGGUACGUAACGUAACGUACAUUGCUGAAUUUACUUGAAGGAGAAUGUUGAAUGCCCCGAGAGGCUCGAGUUCCUCUUGGAGACCACUGGUCCUACUGAUAUGCAUUGGCCUGCCCUCUUAGGCCUUGUAAUCUUUGAGUUGUGCUGGCUGACCUGCCACUGCCCAGCAACUCGCGGUUUACCCGUGUGCUGAGUGCUUGCUGACACUACCCCUUACCUAGUGUGUUGCCGCCGUUAACGAAAUGUUCAGGUGGGCAGCAUGACCCCCUGUAAAUCUUUCAAAUCUCUCCUCUUUUAUAUAUGCGUCCUUGUCUGAAUCAAUCUGUUUAGAGUGCAAAUUUUAUUUUUUGUGAUAUUUACGUCCUGACGAGAGUGGUUGAUUGUUCAUUUAUUCGGGCUGUCUCUCUGGAGUUGUGCUCUUGUGCUUGUGCAGGCUCCAGGCUACACACAUACAAUCUGAUCUGAUCUGAUCUGAUCCAAUGACGGUCUUUUCUGGAAUAAGAUCUGUCCACGUGUUCCAUCUCAAAAUACUCUGCUGCUUGGCUAAAUCGCCUAAUUCAUGGUUGGGGAGGGUUGGUGGCAUGGCACCCGUUGGGCUCCUAGCAGGUAUCAAAGGAAUUUCCUUGUCGGGAGGACAAAACACCACAAGCCGACCUUAGCUCAGUUGGUAGAGCGGAGGACUGUAGUGGAUGCAGAUUAAAUCCUUAGGUCACUGGUUCGAAUCCGGUAGGUCGGAUUUCCCCCUCUCUUUUUUUCUUUUUUUCCUUUUUUUUAUUCUUCUUAUAAAUACAAAAAAUAAAUCUCUGGGAAAGACAUAUUGACGGGGAUUUUAGCUUCACAAAGUCACACUGGAAUCUGCUGCUUAGAUUAGCGGAACCCCAAAAUCUAGUUGAUGAUUACUUCUGUAAUACACUCGUUUUUUUUAAGAUACAUUAGAUGGGACAUGACAGGAAUGUACUGACUUAUCCCAAAUGACAGUGCCACAAAAUCCAAUAUCUUUUUCAUUCCAGCCAGGUGCAAAGGGAACCAUCCCCAUUUUUCUAUCCAUCACUGACACAAUUCAUUCAAUCAAGGCACACAAAAAUCUUUCCAACGAGAAAGGGAAAAGACGAUCCGCUAAAUUCCUGCACCAAACUACAAGGGCGGAAGCAGGCAAACAUAAAAACAAAA